CCUCUGCAGAGAAAAUGUCACCAACUGAGUGGUGGUUCCAAUUUGGAGGGGAAGUUCCUAAUCUGCAGAAGUGUGCCUUGAGGAUUGUAUCACAAUGCGUUUCGUCAAGUGGCUGUGAGAGGAAUUGGAGCGCUUUUGCUUUGGUCCACACCAAGCAAAGAAACCGUCUUCUAUAUGGCAAGCUGCACAAGCUUGUAUCUGUGCGCUACAACUUGAAGAUACGUGCUGAAGAAGAAGAAGACCCGGUGAGAGAGAAUGAUAAGCAGAAGGAAGUUGAUGCAUGUGCAAUGAUGAUGGAUACAACCAUGUUUGAUGCAACAAAUCCUAUGAUGGAAUGGUUGAAUGAGGAUGAGGAGCAUGCAAUCUUGGAUGGAGUUGAUGCUGCUAGUGUCGUAUUUGAGAAAAUACGUUUGCUUAACUCAAGUAGGAAAGUUUCUCGUCUUGCAAGGAAGGACAAUGGCAGGAAAAGAAAGAGGGUAGAGGAAGAAGAGGAUGACUACCAUGAUAGUGAGGAUGAUGAUGAAGAAAAUGAGGAGCUGGACCUGGAAAUUGAUGAUGAUGAUGAUAGCCAUGAUGAUGGUGCAAGUCAAUCUGAUGGAGGAGAUUCGCCAAUGCAAGUUGAAAAGGAUUUAACAAGCCAAGUUGGAAACAAUGUUGAGGUAACAAGUGAUGGUAGUUUGGUGAACCGUAGAUCUGAACGGGUUAGGCAAGCAAAGAAGGUCAAGGAGGUCACCAGCCUUUACAAUUGACAAGUUAAGCGGCAUGGGAGCAAAAGAGCUUUUGGUUUGAUGAAGACUAACGGGUGGAUGAACAGGAAGUCCGAAGUAAAGGUCUCUGUUCGAUUCAAUACUUUUGGUGCAAGACUCAAGAGUUGAAGAACAGGAAGUCUGAAUUGAACUUUCUGUUUGUAUUUUGGGGUCGGCAUAAUUGAACUUCGAAUGCCGUGUUAAAUUCAUUGUGGACUGUAAUUCUGAACCGUUAUGGGUGUUCGUUUCGACUCUUGGUAGAACUAUUAAGUCGCAUGUUACUCUUAGU